AUGUCACCAAAGCCAGCUGUCAUAUCUGUCAUUGGUUCCCUAAAUGUCGACCUUGUCACCCGUACCGCGCGGGUCCCAGUUGGCGGCGAGACACUGACGAGUGAAUCUUUCUCUAUUGGAUGGGGAGGCAAAGGCGCAAAUCAGGCAGUCGCAUGUGCCCGUCUUUCAAGAACAUCGAAACAAGCUUCCGCUGGCGAGGCAUCAGACGUAGAGGUUCGCAUGGUCGGUGCUGUUGGUGAUGAUGAGUUUCACACUGGUUUCUUGAAGGCGUUGAAAGAAGACGGGCUGAAAACGGAUAAGGUACAGAUUCUAAAGGGGAAAAGGACCGGUGUUGCAGUUAUUGUGGUCGAGACGAGCACAGGAGAGAAUCGAAUCAUGUUCUCUCCUGGAGCGAACUAUGACGUCGAGGUUAAGGAUCUGGUAGAUGAGGAUGCGAGUGUGGCAUUAUUCCAGCUGGAAUUACCAUUGGAGGUGGUGCUGUAUAAUAUGAAGACUGCCAGACAAAAGGGGGUCGAGACCAUCGUCAACCCUGCACCAGCUAUUCCACUGCCAGAGGAGGCCUAUCAGGGACUUGGCCAUCUGAUCGUCAACGAAACAGAAGCAGCAACUCUUUCUGGUAUCGAGAACCCGACCUCCUGGGACGAGGUGGCUGCUAUCUUCAUCGCACGCGGUGUCAAGAACGUUAUCAUCACACUUGGUGGCGAGGGCGUGUUCUACAAAACUUCGAAGCAACAAUCCGAGAAUCAGCCCGGCCAUAUCGUGCCUGCUAGGAAAGUGAAAGUUGUAGACACGACUGCAGCCGGCGAUACUUUUGCCGGUGCAUAUACUGUUGCCGUGGCACAUUGGGUUUCCAUGUCACGUGGGGCCGACUUUGAUCUGGAUGCAGCAAUUGCACGUGCGAAUCGCGCCGCCUCCAUGACGGUUCAGAAAGCUGGCGCACAAUCCAGUAUUCCUUGGGCGGACGAGGUGCCCAAGGCAUAG